CCCAACGGGGGCCGCCAGAGCCGAGCUCCUGAGAGGAAAAACUAAUCUUUCACAAAUUCUAAAUCUCCACUUAAGAUUGACCAAUUUAUCAGUUGAUUCAACAGCUAGAUUUUUUUCCUAAAGCUUUUCUUGGCCUGCGAUGGUAACUGUGAAGAAGUUAACAACAAAUAGAUGGCCAUCAGUGAGUUAAGAAGAGGCAAUCGCUCUUUGUAGCAGAUGGAGGAGCCCCCCCGUCUGGAGCGCCCAUUGGCGAACAUUUCCGUAAAGGCAGGUGAACCACUUCGACUCUCGUGCCGUGUCGUGGGUACUCGUCCCACUAUCGUUUGGCUUCACAACUCGAGAAAUCUUGCCGAUGCGCGAGACGUUCAGAUCUAUCGAGACGAGUCAUCAGGCGAAUGUUCCAUUGAGCUUCGUGAGGUGUUUCCUCGUCAUGCUGGUAUCUACACUUUGCUAGCACGCAACACGCAAGGAGAGACUUACACGUCUUGCAACGUCACGCUUGCUAACAAACCUCCGCCGGAGACAAGCGAUUCUGAACUAGCUUCAGACCUGGAAUUUUCAAAACCAGUCGUUCGCAAGAGUCUUCGGGAUCAAACUGUCAACGAAGGAAGAUCCGUGAGGCUUGAUUGCAUUAUCACAGGUGUACCUGAACCUGAGGUGAUCUGGUACCAUAACGGUAGACCGAUCAAGGAGUCUUCGGACGUAACAUUCGAAUUUGAGGGAGACCAUUGCUCCUUGAUAAUCUCCUCGGCUCAACUAUCUCAUCUAGGCAGCUAUCGUUGCAAAGCUGUCAACCCUGCUGGAGAAGCUACUUCCUUAUGCAAACUCAUCGUUUUACGGCAACCGCCGGAAACGUCUUCUCGAGCUGGAACUCCAACAGGCACCUCAAUGGAGGUAGCAUGCUUUGAAAACGCAAGUGGACCGGCUCGUAUUGUAAAACCAUUGUCUGACGUGCAGAUCAAGCAUGGCGAGAAGUUCAAACUUAUCCUGGGCGUCGAAUGUCACCCUCCUCCAGAAGUCAUCUGGAGUUUCCAGGGCCGGCCAAUCGUCCUGGAUGGCGAUUACAUAUUUGAUCACGUCGGGACCUCGUACAUCUUAGAUGUACCCCGCGCCACAGUUGACCACGCAGGCGUUUACAGUGCGGAGGUACGCAAUGCAUUCGGAUCCCAGCACUCUUCUUGUCGGGUUAUUGUAGACCCUCUUCCGGAAGACAGCCUAGCACUUGUACUGGCCCAGGCCGAGGCAGAAAACGCUGUGUCCACACAUGUGACAAAAUCGUUUGUCUCGUCCAAGAGGACAAUGCUGAUGCAGAAAAUGUCAUCGUCAAAAAGCAACGUUACUGCCGACGGUCGACUCGUCAGUUCUGAGGAGCAUCAGGCAGCGACGACUGAAAAAUACGGCUUCGAAAAGUUGGGUGACGCGGUACCAUCCGAAUACCAUUCGAAGGAGUCAUUCGGAUUCGAUCGUGUUGGUGAUAACCCGCCAGAGCAUUACUACACCAAAGAAGUCAAGGACAAUCGAAUUCAACACAAGGGCAAAAGUGCUACACAACUCACAAUCGAGGGACCGGCGGCCGAGGGCACUCAGCCGUCCGUGCUAUCGGUGCCGGAACUCGCUGCUCAGGCGACCAAUGUAACAACUCGAACUUCUGAGCCCAAACAGCUAUCGCUUCUGCAGCGGUCGGGAUCAGCACAUAUUCCUCCGAAAUUUAGUAAGCCACUAGAAAGCGUAGCUGUCUUCGCGGGAGAGCAGGUCAAACUUGAAGGCUGGUUUAAUGGUUAUCCGGAGCCUAUCGUCAAAUGGUCCCGUGGAAGUACUACAUUAUCACAUAAAGCGGAUUUGCAGAUUACUGUUGAAAAGAGCUACACCUCUCUUGUUAUACCCAAAGCCAUGCAGAAAGAUCACGCCAGGUAUACGUGCGUCAUAUCCAAUGAUGUGGGUAGCUCCUCAAGUGCAGCUGAUGUAGUGAUUCAAACUAAGCGUGUAGCCCCGCAGUUCACGAGACGCUUGGAUGCGCGAGUCUGCAAAUCCGGUAGUGAAAUUACUCUCGAAGUUGAGGUGAGCGGAGCGCCUUCCCCCGAUGUAAAAUGGCUACGGGAUGAAAUUGAUCUAAAAACCCUGAACAAGUAUGAUAUCCGCAGCUCUGCAAAUAAGCACACGCUUAUUAUAAGGCGAGCGGAAGAAUCGGAUUCGGGACGCUAUACUGUUUUAGCUACAAAUAUUGCUGGAGAGGCUCAAUCGAUAGCUGAUAUCUUUGUCGAAGAUGAAGUGUCGUCAGAAGAAGAGCGUGAGGUGACUAUCCGGGAUUACCACGUUCAAGACGAAAAGAAAAUGGAGCGUAAACUGUUUAGCGAUGUUGUGGCCAAGUCACAUGGGGCGGACACUGGGACCGAUCCGGCAUCCGGCUCUAGUAACCACACAUCACCCAUCACCUCAUCCCCCAAAAAUCACGUACUCUCCAACGGCCUCACCGGUAAGACCGAAUCAUCUGUAACUUUUCUUGAAUUCUGCCCAGCCAAGGAGAGCACAUCUCCUCAUAUUAGCAAGACGCACGGCAAAUUCGGACUGGAAAGGACGUCGCUGAUGACGAUUGGAUCCUCAGCAAGGCAAACUGAAACUGCUGUAAAAAGCACGCCACAAGAACAGGCGAGCUCUAAAUUCGAUUUUGGCCUAAAACAUAGAGCGACCGAAAAAAAAGGCGCAUCGAAGGAACAAUUGUUAGCACCCGUCAAGGCUAACUGUGGAACAAGUGAGACGUGCAAAACGUCACUGAUCGAAACGGUUCGCAUGCCAGAACUUUGCAUGCCAUUUAAGUAUAGCGAAACAACAGAUAUAUGCACUACGAAACGGAAACCGCUUCCCACACAGGUCAGAGAACACAGUACGAAAAGGACUGCGCAGACCACCGAAAAUAGAGUUUCUGUCGAGGAAUCAAUUGUCUCAAGAGAAACUGUGGUUUCAGUUAAGACUUCAAUAGCUGGAGAAGAGAGUGCAGACGGUCAACGUACAAGGGAGACGAAUACUCUCGUCAAAGAAGACGUGGAAAAAACUGUGGCAGAAGACAGUAAAUCGAAAAUUGUAUUUCCCCAAUGGGAUAAAUCAUUACCUCUAUCGGGGCAAACCUUUACUGAAGAAGAAAAAAGUCGCAAAAUCCCUCUUAUAGACACCGGAAACGAAAGCGCUCUACCAACGAGUGGACAUUUUGCUAAUGAAACAUCUAUGAAUGAAGGUACACAGAUGUCCUUUAGACGAUCUCCGGGGUUUCGGAGAUCAGAAAGGUGUGAAUUUGACGCUGCCGACCUAGAGAUUAGGCCUGUAAUAGAGCUGUCGGUGAGGCCGAUUACUGAUAUUGAGUCGACUAGUUCCGGAAUAGAUAUCUGGAGCUGUCAAGGUAAAAUAGUAAACAAUACUCAGCGAAAGGCGCAAGACAAGCCACAAGCGGCCACCAGCGUAAAUUAUGUGAGUUUGGGAAAAACAAUUGGCCGUCAUGAUGAAUGCAUAGAUAACAUUGAGAUCACUAGCCGACAGGAAACAGUUAUUUUAGGGCCUCCGAGAAUACAAACCACUAAAUUCGAAACAUCCCCAUCUACUUCAAAAACAAACAACACUAAGCAGCGGACGAAAGGGAUACCCGGACGUUAUGACGAGCAAAUAUCCUUUAAGGACACGGCCAGACAUGAUGUCCCAGUGAAUUCCAUGACUGACAAAGUUACUGAGAAAAAACCGUUUGAGGUUUUUGAGACAAAAGACAGAGAGGAGUCCUUUACGGUUCGAGUGAUCCCUACGUCGCCAAUCUCGAAGAUCCCAGAAAGGCUAUAUCCUCUACACACUGUAGCACCCAAAAUCAAAACUGCACUUAAUCAAAUGAACACAACUACGGUUACUGCUAAGCCUUCAGACGAAGCUUCCGCAAUGGAAUACACACAAACCGUUACCAGUGAAUACGGUCUGAUUCCGAAGAGUUCGAUUCCAAUUGAAAAAACAGAUGCUGACAACCCUUUGAAGGCCUUAAAUGUGCCACCGGAAAAAUGCAUGCCUCCGGCAAGAUCACAAAUAGGGAAGACAUCGCAUCAUGGCUUGGCAGGGUAUACAAUACAUGAACCUGUCUUAUCGCAGACACAUAAGGUCAAAACUGGUGUUGCCGGGAUUGAUCGGACGCGUGAAAAUCACGGCCCUCAAAAGAUGACGAUGGUUCAGGCAGAGCACAUUCAUCGUGAACAGACCCGAGUGAUCGAGCGACAAGUUACUCCUAAACCAAAUAUUCCUGCGCUUCCCGCACCGGCCCCACCUCCCUCACUUGAUUUGCUUUUCAAGAAAGACACGAGUGAGCAAAAGGAGACCAUUAUUAAAACAACUGUCGACCCUACGAAGAUCCAGGAACCGCCGCUUCUACCCCCACCGGUGAAGGUCGAAUCUGAGCAGCAGAUAACAAAGCGAGUCGAUGAAGAGCACCGUUUGGAAAAGCAUGUACACAUCUCUCAGAGCAUCAUGCGGCGUCAACAGCAGUUCGUUCCGCCCAAUGUUAUGGAGCCAGUCAAUUUGAUAUUUACACCACUGCCAUCGACCCCGACGCCAAUCUCAUCAGAUCGAGUCGAAUUACCUCCAAGGCUACCCCCGCAGCCGCCCCUGUCGAAGCCUGUUGCGCCAACACCUGCACCACCGCCAUCGAAACCCGCGCAGCAACCCAAAUCCCCACCCCCACGUCCAGAAUUAACGAAACCAAAACCACUUCCCAUUGCGUCGCCACCCCCUGAAUUAGUGCCUCCUCCCUGGGUGCAACAACGAGCCGAAGUGAAACAGCAGGACAUUGAACAAAUCAAACAGCAAGUGAUUCACCAGCAGCAAAAGAUUGUCCUCACCCCUCCAGUGCCCCCACAACCGUUGCCAGAAUCAUUGCCGCCUCUACAACCUCCGGUUGCUACGAAGGUCAUGUCUGAGCGAAAAAUUGAGCAGACAGCCCAGAUACUCAAGUUAGAAAAGAUGAUAUCUUCACCACCGCUUGUUCCACUCCCACAACGAGUCGAGCCAACUAGGAAGACACCAGAGAUCGUGAAGCCAAUUAAACCAAUCGAAACUUCUCCAUCGCCAGUGGCUCCAGUCCAGCCCAAACCUAAAAAAUUGGUGAAACAGCAACCAAAGGUCGUAGCCGAAUCUAAACCGGCUCCCCCACCACCACCGCCUCAGCUGCCGGAGAUAAAACCUUCCCAAGUAAAACCUAAAAGGGCUUCGCCACCUUUGCGACCACCACCGCCACCAAAGUUUCGGGACGAAAUGCUAACUUACGAAGCGAUUCGCCAACAGGAAAUGGAACGUAUUCAACGUCAAUGCAAAAAGAUCACCCUGAUCGAACAAUGUGAAAGACAGACAACUCAGGUUAGUGACGAUCGUUCUAUGCUGAUUGAGCAAUCGUUCCGCAAACUACAGUCUCCGCCGAGGUCACCGCCACCCGUUCUACCGCCUGCGGCUUCGCCAGUUCCAUCGCGUACGCCGCAUCGACCAGCCGAGUUUCAUGUCGUGACUAGGGUCUUCCAAAAGACAAGGCCGUUAGAUCUUGAAGAAGGCAUCACUAAAUUCUACAAGGACUAUAAGGAAACCAGCAAAACUGUCGUCACAAGGACUCGGACGCCAUCACUUCCCCCGGAGCGUAUACCAGUAGUAUCUGUUUGCCAUCUCAGCCAGCCGCCAUUUCCGCUAAGGAAGCCCAGUCCAGAACCGUUUUGCCGACUCGAGAAAAGCGAAUUGCGCGUCGAAGAGUCCCGCCGGCAGCGAUCUGUCUCUCCAUGUCUCCUGCAGGAACACAUUCGUGAGGUUAAACGAGUGCUACCCCCCUCACCAGUGUGCCGCGUCCAGGAGGUGGAUAUCCAUCGUAAAGAAGUUGCGCCUCCCCCAGAACAUAUUGAUGUCCUGAAUUUGACCUCUUCUGUCAUUCACAUCGAAAGAAAACCAUCACCAACGCCUAUCUGUACACUUCGUGAAUACGGCGUCCAUCAAACAGACAAGACUUACCGCGAUCAAACUCAGCUGGUUGACCUUCGGGAGGAUUGCUUAGCACGGAGCAGACUGCCUUCUCCAAUUCCCAUCUGUCAAAUUAAAGAGGUCGACCAUAAGGUGACUGAUGGCAGGAGGCUUAAUACAACGGUUUGCGUGAAUUUAACCGAGAAACAGCCUGUGACACCAUCCAACGUAAAAAGUGUGGCCACCGACUCCGCUGACAAAAUCUACACAAGCAAGUUGUCCUAUGUGGAUUUGCAGGAGAAACAGGUAUCGAGGCCGGUCCCUCUAUCGCUGCCCCUCCUCUGUCGCGUGCAAGACAAAACCCGUCAAUUCAGAUCUGUGACUCCGCCCGCCAGCAUUCGUUGUGUAGACAAAACCUACUCGUCAAUCAGCAAGAUCGUGGAUAUUUGUCGCGCCCCACCCAUACCUUCUUCCUCGGAAGACAAAGUUUGGAUUGUUCAAGAUAAUCGAGGCAAAGUUCGUCGUAGCGCUUCUGACAGUCGUCGUUUCGAUCAAAACUUUAACAUACAGGUUACUGAGACAACUCCUGUAGCUGCACCACCGCAGAUCCCCGUCAAAACGUUUCAGCCAGUCAAGCAGGUUACGGAGGGCCUGCCACUGCACACAACUCCCGCGUCUGUCCAACGCUUCAUACGAACGGCCGAAUGGGUUGAAGGGGCUCAGAGUGUUGACCGCAACGUUCUUCUUACGGAACAGGUUAAGCGAAAGGCUCCUACCGACAAUCAGACCACUACAAGCAUCGUGAGUCAGCAAGACUAUUCGACUCCCCGUCAGAUGGAACCACUAUCGACUUCUGUUUACGUCGACCAGCAUACAAAAGUUGUUUCAGCACCGCCUAUUCCCCCCGUACAGGUGACUCCAUCAUUACCGGUGAUCCAUCGCACCGACGAAGUGUCAACCGUGUCUAUAACAAUGUCGGACGCGACGCCCCCAAGCGCUCCUGUUCAGCCGGUGGUUCCCCCUUCACCUAAACCAGCUGCGAUGCUCUCAAACGCUCAAAAUGCCAAGGGACAAUAUUCCUUUCGUGACUUCACAGAUAGCAAAAUUUCAAGAGAUACAUCGUCAUUCGUGCAUCUCGAAACCCACGUUGAUGCGAUCAGCCAGACAGAACUGCAACGUGCCACAGUCACCCCUCGACGACAGCAGCCGCCUCCAGCCGCCCCAAGUUCCUUUCCUACUCAAGAACCCGUCUACCAAACUUUACCGUCGACGAAUCUCACGAGGUCAUCGUCAGCUGAUUUCAGUCUCUUUACACGACAUCAGCUCGCCCAGCGUAAAGUAGACACAACCAUGAGCUCUCGACGAGACGAUAUCCGUAUGGCGUUAUCAGAGAAGAUUUCGAACUUUAAGGAGAGAGAAGAGAGUCGGCAUAUCCAGGCGCCCUGUACAUUGCCUCAUAGACGUGUCGCUUGCGGAACGAAAACCUCGUUGUUUACGAGUGGCUUUGAGGAGCUCUCCAGUCCGAUGCAGACCGAAACUCAAGCGACUUGGCCACCACGCGGUAUCAUUAAGAGCGCACCUUCGCCUGUUAGCAAAAAGAAGACGGUGAUUAUCGAAGAGAAGCCAACUCAUUCCUCUCAGGUUCGUCCCCCGUGGUUCCUGCAGCCCUUAGUCGAUAGGCUCGAGCGAAAAGGUGCAAGAAUAACUCUGACAUGUAUUGUCGAAGGAUGUCCCAUGCCAACCAUUCGUUGGUUCAAGGAUAAUAUGCUUCUCGCGAAUGGUCCUGACCAUCAAAUAUCGUUUGACUCAGGUAUAGCGAGGCUGACCAUACCUUAUGUGUUUCCACAAGACUCCGGAAGAUAUGUGUGCACAGCCACGAAUGUCGCUGGCAGCGUGAUCACAUCAUGCCUUGUCCAUGUCAACUUCUUUAAAGAUCCAGGGAUGGUCUUUUCACCCCCCGUGAGUGCUGCAGAAAAAAGACCACACCCAUUAAGCAGUAUGACGAAUAGCCCCCCAAUUUGGGUGCGUCAGCCUACAGGCGGACGCUUUAUCGAGGGCUGCGAUGCCCGUUUCGAUGCAACGGUCAGCGGCAAUCCGAUGCCACAGCUCGUCUGGUCCCGCAGAGGACUACCUAUUAAGAAUGAUCACAAACGCGAAACCGGAUACAACCCUAUUACCGGUGAAACCUAUCUACUUAUUAGACAAAUUACUGCGGAAGACGAUGGAGAAUAUACAUGUACAGCUGUAAAUGUUGCCGGAGAGGCCAUUUUAGUUGUUGCAGUUGUCAGAGACUUUACAGCGGCCCAACAGAUGAUUCAACAGCGUACCAAGACAACGACAAUAAACCAGCAGAUAGGCGUUUCGUCAGCGCCCUUUCAGCUACCCCCACCGCAACAAAAGGUGGUCCGUUCUUCAUCAACGGUCUUCAGUGAUCUUCGGCAGAGCUAUCACAAUGGUGCUGAUCAAGCCUUUAGAGUAGACACAUUUGAGUAUCGGCUUCUUCGCGAGGACGAGUUCCGAGAGUCUCUUAUGAAAAUUAACAUCGAAGAAACAGACGUCACUGAAUACAGAGAGGUGGUGCACAAGUCGCGUCCUCUUGCCCCGCCACAAGUUCAAGGACGACCACGCAACUCGAAGCUUUUAGCGGGCUCCGACGCGACUUUCCAGGUUCGCGUGCCAGGAAAUCCCGACCCACGAAUUACGUGGUUCCGUAAUGGACAGCGUAUUAAAAGCUCAUUCCGACACGUUUCUUCCUACAGUGAUAGUACUGCAACGCUCACCAUACGAAACUGUCAAGCCGACGAUGCCGGCUACUAUACAAUGCUCGCCGAAAACUCGAAGGGCCGCGUGGCCACAUCGGUGCAUCUUGUCAUCGAGGAUAACAUGAGGUAUUGGCAAGGAAUAACUAGUCCUUUGUCAAGUUGGAAAACACAGGAACAAGAGCAAUUAGAGCAACAGAUAACCCAGAUAACCACAAGCACGAUACACCUUCAAGCAACAUUCAGCCAACAGCAGGACACUGCUAACCUAUACCAGGCACACACGUCCGCCGAAUAUCGACUUCCUUCUCACACGCAAUCGAUGACCGAGUCCGCCGAGAUAGAGGACUCCCAAGCUUUAAAGCCAUCUUUUAUAAAGCUACCUACGGACCGCGAAGUGACGGAAGGCCAUCAGGUGCGAUUUGACUGUCGAGUGUCAGGCCGUCCUACACCUGAAGUACUAUGGUACCGUAACGGUCUGCAGGUUUGCGAUGACAACGCCCACAAGAUUCUCGUCAAUGAGGGUGGACUUCACGCCCUUCAAAUCAACGAUGCGCAGGCGUCCGAUGCAGGAAUGUGGACGUGCGUUGUACGAAACAAAAGCGGUGAACGCCGCUGUGACGUUACCCUAACCGUCAUCGAGCGAGAACUGAUUGUCCCACCAAAGUUCGUUGAGCGUUUCCAACACGUCAACGUACAAGAGGGUGAACCAGUUUCGCUUCACUGCCGAGCGGUUGGAACUCCAAUGCCGCAAUUGCUUUGGUUGAAAGACGGCGUACAGAUACAUUCGGCACCACCGCACGUCCUCAUUGAGGCUACCGAAGGUUGUUCGUCUUUGCACAUCGAUCGCGCCACUCUUGCUGACGGCGCAUGGUAUCAAUGUACAGCAACAAAUCAAGCCGGCUCCACGGCAACACGAGCACGUCUACAUGUUGAAAUGUUGCCUCGGCAGCUGACAACGCCGUGGUCGCUGAACCUGCCACCUGCAACGACUGUUAUUGAGCCCCAACAGCCUCCGGCACCAGAAACUGUCGUGUUGAAACACUGGGAGCGGCCACGGACCGAGCUAUCUAAGACACCUGAAGAUGCACCACCUCAAAAGCCUGCUUUCACUUCACAUCUGCAGGACCUCGUCGUCACCGAAGGCGAACGCGCACACUUUGAAGCGCGCCUCAUACCAAUAGGUGAUCCCACACUCGUUGUCGAGUGGUUUGUCAAUGGUCGACCGAUUGAAGCCGGAUCGCGAGUGAUGACCGUGAACCGAUUUGGGUACGUCGCUCUAACAAUGCUUAAUACCUACUGCGAAGAUGGUGGAGUAAUUCUUUGCCGUGCAAGUAAUCAAGCCGGCGAAGCGACCGUAUCAGCAUCACUUAAAGUUAUGCCGCGUCCGGCCGUCGAUGCAAGUACCAUCAAUGCAGACUCGCUCAUAGCUAUCGAACAGCUCGAACAGCAUCAACGCGUUCAACGACAAUUCAGUGACGACAGUGGACCACAACAAAAACCAACAUUCAUCAAACCACUGGAAAACCUUGAAAACAUAAUUGAAGGCAGCUUCGCGCGAUUUGAGGCCCAGAUCCAGCCCGUAAAUGACCCCACAAUGCGGGUUGAGUGGUUUGUCAAUGGCAGGCCCCUGACAUCGUCCUCCCGGAUCAACACUACAUUUAGCUUUGGCUACGUCGCCCUGAACAUAUCGACUCUCCGUUAUGAGGAUUCCGGAGUGUAUAUGGUCAAGGCCACAAAUGCCAGAGGGGAUGCCCUAUCCACAGCCACCCUCAAGGUGGUGUCCCCGGUAAUGGACCAAGCAGGCAACGAAGAGCAGCAGAGAUACAUUCAGCAGCUAGAAAGCUAUAGGGAGACCCAACACAAAACGAGACACGAAUGGCAAGACCUUGAGGAGCCUUCUCAGGCACCCGUAUUUAAAUCACAGCCUCGCGAUCAGCAGAACGUACAGGAGGGCAAGACUGUACUGUUCGAAGCUCGGCUGGAGCCCUCUGAGGACUCAUCUAUGAGAGUCGAGUGGUUCAAGGAUGGGAAACCACUUGAAGCUAGCUCACGCACGUAUUGCACGUACAGCUUCGGCUACGUGUCUCUGCGUAUUUCGCAGGUCGAGGAACGUGACUCUGGCACAUACACUGUGCAAGCUACUAACCGAAUGGGAAUCGCAUCUGCGACCGCAAAUUUAACAUGCAUCAGCACUAAGGUUAAAACUGGCAGCACUUUACUGCAACAUCAUCGACAAGGCCUGGAGAGAACUCAACAUAUCGAAGAUUAUUCUCAUUACGACCGAAAACAAGAAGAGCAGAUAUAUGCGGUUACCCAGCGACCCCAAUUCCUCGAGGAACUCAAGGGCAAUGGCAUGCUUGUUGAGGGCCAAAGUGCCCAUUUUGAAACAAGGCUGGAACCAAUGGGAGAUUCAUCGAUGACGGUAGAAUGGUACCAUAACGGAAAACCACUCAUUACAGGACAUCGCUUCAAGACCUACUCAGAUUUCGGGUACGUGGCAUUGGACGUACUCUAUAUGUACCCGGAAGACAGUGGUACGUUCACAGUAGUGGCUCGCAACGAAAUGGGAGAAGCCCGCUUAUCAAAACAGGUGACGGUACAGGCACAGAGCUCGAUCGAUAGCACUUCGAUCACGGAUAUCAUUUCGACCGAGCGCAGCACCCGGCACGCCACAACACAUGCAAAGGACGAAGAUAUGUCUAGUACUAAACCAUACUUUACUACUCCAUUAAAGGAUAUCCACAAACCAUACAAUGAGGAUGACAAGGUAUUCCUUGAAUGCAAGGUCGAACCCGCAAGCGAUCCAACCUUGAAGAUUGAAUGGCUUUAUAAUGGACGCCCAUUAACACCAGCAUCGCGCAUCAUUACAAAAACCGAUUUCGGCCACAUCAUACUACAGAUUAACGGUGUGACCGAAGAGGAUUCUGGACAAUACACUGUACGUGCUACAAACCAUCUUGGCUCAACCCUUACCUCAGCGUCGAUUAAGGUAAUCGGUCAUUCAGGUGUUAUCUCGGAAAGCCAGUAUCCCGAAGGACUUGAGAAGAUUCAGCGGCUAGAAUCGCGACAACGACGUAAAGAAGAAGACCUUGUGCAAGUAUUUGGUCGACCAGAGUUUAGAAAACCGUUGCAUAACAUUGAAACAUGCGAGGGCAAUAACGUCCAUCUCGAGUGUCGUCUUGAGCCUGCCCAGGACCCAUCCCUGCGGGUUGAAUGGUACAAAAACAAUCUACCGAUAACUGUUGGACAUCGUUUCCGACCGGCACAUGAAUUCGACUAUGUGGCACUUGACAUUCUUUCGGCUUAUGCGGAAGAUGGUGGAGUUUAUACUUGUCGUGCGGUGAACAAGCAGGGUGAGAUCACCACAUCUUGUAGUGUGCAGGUUAUUUCGAUUGGCCAAAUAGUUCAGAAUGAAGGCCAGAAUUCUGAGGUCCUGCGUCAAAUCGCACCGUUAGAGCAUACGCAUGUACGCGAAUCAUAUCACGAGGAACUACUCAAAACCAAGCCACAAUUCAUCUCUCAGCCCAAGCCACAAUCAUUAACUGAAGGUCAGUCCGCUCAUUUCGAGUGUCGUCUGGAGCCAGUUAACGAUCCCGACCUUAAGGUUGAAUGGUACAAGGACGGCAGACCUCUUCCGAUCGGACACCGCUUCCGUCCAUUCCACGACUUUGGAUAUGUGGCACUCAAUAUCCUUUCCGUAACGUCGGCUGACAGUGGGUGCUACUCGUGCCGUGCCACAAAUCGACUAGGUACGGCCGAAGUCUCAACAACGCUUACAGCCACCGAUGAAUCGUCCAUUAUUACAACUACUGAGAACCCGGAUAGCAUUGCAAAGAUCGCACAGCUCGAAGGCCAUCGCUUUGCUAAGCCGGAGAUAACAGAUCAAGCUAUUACUACAGCCCCGGUGUUUACAGUAGCACCCCAAAACGCUAAUGUUGUCGAGGGGGCGCGAACACAUUUCGAGUGCCGCCUCAUUCCUGUAGGUGAUCCCCGCCUUAAGGUUGAAUGGCUACACAACGGUCAGCCUGUUAAGCAGGGAUCGAGGUUCGUUGAGCUCUUUAACUUCGGCUUUGUCGCUCUUGACAUCAUGACGACGCACGCGGAGGAUUCCGGCGUCUAUACUUGUCGAGCAACGAACGCUCUUGGUGAAGCUAUCGUGUCUGCCAACCUUUCAUGUGCCUCACAACAGAGCCUUAUUCUUGAUUCACAACAGCCUGAUUCGCUUGCGCAAAUCCGCUACCUUGAAGAUCAUACACGUUACCAACAUAAGUCUUACCAGGAGGAGACGCAGACGCAGGCGCCUGUCUUUUCCAAUCCUAUGCGUAAUGUGACUAUUCGCGAGAAUGGAAACGCACACUUCGAAUGCCGUCUAACACCACUCGGGGAUCCAAAGAUGAAGGUAGAGUGGCUAAAGAACGGAAUUCCCUUAAACCAGUCAUCGCGAAUCUCUACAGUCAGUGAUUUUGGAUUUAUCGCGUUAGACCUCAAAGGUGCCAAAGUUGAAGAUACGGGCACGUAUACCUGUCGUGCCGUUAAUGAAAUCGGUGAGGCGGUUUGCUCCGCUCAGCUCGUGGUCCAGGGCGAAAGCUCUCUAGUUUUAACCUCGUUGCAGCCCGACAGUCUCUAUGCCAUCCAGCAGCUCGAGCUGGGUAAACCUCGCGCGGCCCCCAAAGAGGACGCGCCAUGCAAAGCUGCACCACGCUUUGUGACCCAACUGACUGGUCCUCUCCAGGUGGUCGAAGGCCAGGCUGCUCACUACGAGUGUCAUGUUGAACCGUUUCCCGAUUCAACAAUGAAGUAUGAGUGGCUACACAAUGGCCAGCCUCUUGAACAGGGUCAUCGCUUUAGAACGGUGACAGAUUUUGGCUUUGUAGCGCUCGACAUCCUCUCUGCACGACCAGAUGAUAGUGGCGAAUAUACCAUCCGUGCGACGAACCAACUGGGUCAGGCAGUAUCAAGCAUCAACCUUCAGGUGGCUGCCACUGGCAGUUUAAUCCUCGAAUCACAACAGCCUGAAUCCCUUGAUGCCAUUCGCCGGCUUGAGGGAACUAUGGGAUACCAGCGUGCUGAAUUUAUCGAGAAAACUGUUAACGAACGGCCACAGUUUGUACGUGGACUAAACAACCUGGAUAAUCUGACUGAAGGCCAGAGUGCUCAUCUGGAAGCUACGAUCACUCCGACAAAUGAUCCCAAACUAAAAAUCGAAUGGCUUCAUAACGGAACGCCCGUUGCAGCUGGAGCACGUCACCGUACCGUUUGCGAUUUUGGCUAUGUAGCAUUGGACAUCACGCAUGUCCAACCCCGUGAUAGUGGCGUGUACAUGUGUAAAGCGACAAACGCCCUUGGUGAGGCUGUAACAUCAUCCCAAGUUCGCGUUACUGGUAAGGCUGGCGUCAUAACCGAUUCGAACAUUAGUGAAGACGGCCUUCAGAGACUGCACAACCUUGAUCAACCUGCAUCACUGGUUCGAGAGGAGAAGCCUGUUCAACAGGUGAAGCCAGUUUUCACCCAACCUCUCACAUCGGUCGACAACCUUGUGGAAGGUCAACCCAUCCAUCUUGAAUGCCGUGUCGAACCAAUCAAUGAUUCGAAAUUGAAAAUCGAAUGGUUUGUGAACGGCGUUGAAAUAAAGCAAGGCUCACGCUUUAGAACUACGAGCGAUUUCGGCUAUGUUGCUCUAGAUAUCCUGCACUGCUAUGGUGAAGAUUCAGGUACCUACAUGUGCAAGGCCAGUAACGAGCUGGGAGAGGCUGUCACAACUUGCAAUGUCUCCGCAAAAAAUCGACGCAGCCUUAUUCUCGAUACGCAACAUCCACAAAGUGUACAGCGCAUUCAAGAACUUGAGUCGAUCGAGAAGUUCCGCAAAGUAGAAAUAGAGGACAAGCCUGUAUCGAAACCUGCGUUCAUAACAGAACUGCGCGGACCGACUCAAUUGAUUGAGGGCCAAAUUGCUCACAUGGAGUGCCGCGUCGAGCCUGCACAUGACUCGAACUUGAAGAUUGAAGUUUUCCAUAACGGGAAGCCACUGCAGGCAGCCAACAAGACACGAAUUACAACAGACUUUGGUUACGUCGCUAUCGAUUUGGCUUAUGUUUACCCUGAGAACAGCGGUAAUUACACAGUGCGGGCCACUAAUCGCCUUGGGACGGCGCAAACAGCAAUGGAUGUUACUGUGCAAGGCAAGUCUUCUGUUCAACUUGAAUCUCUCCACCCACAGUCCAUGCAAAGCAUCCGCGAGAUCGAGGGAAAAAUCAACAAAACUGAUUAUGAAGUGGCUGCACCCGUGUUCCAGAGGCCCGAAUUCACACAACCAUUGAAGAAUGCUGACUUGACAGAAAACCAGCCGUGUCGCUUAGAGGCACGUCUAAUCCCUGUAGGUGAUCCCACUAUGAAGAUAGAAUGGCUUAUAAAUGAUCAGCCUAUUAACGAGGGAUCACGCAUGCAUGCGAUUAGCGACUUCGGCUUUAUGAGCCUUACAAUUGAUUACGUUAGACCCGAAGAUCAGGGUGUAUAUACCUGCAGGGCUACAAGCAGCCAAGGACAAGCAGUAACAUCUUGCAAUGUCAAGAUUAAAGGCAAGGACUCUAUCCAACUGGAAUCACAGCAACCACAAAGUCUUCAAGCGAUUCGAGAACUGGAGACCGGCAAAGUGUACGAAGUACACGAUGCACCGGCGGUAGUUUUUGAAAAGCCCGUGUUUACAGAGCCGCUGCUGGGUCCUUCAGAGAUUAAUGAGAACACCGCAGUACGUCUAGCAUGUCGCUGCACACCUAUCGGAGAUCCGGACCUCAAAUUCCAAUGGCUUUGCAAUGGUAAUGUUAUUGAAAACGCCUCGCGGAUGGUGUUCAAUCAAGAUUUUGGUCAUAUUACUCUGGAUAUUCAAUUCGCACGUGGAGAAGAUUCCGGAGUGUACAUGUGUAAAGCUAUGAAUCGUGCCGGUGAAGCCGUAACCAGCACAUCACUUCGCGUUAAAACAAAGGCAUCCGUACAGGAAGAAGCUCUGCAUCCUGAAGCAUAUCGUAUUAUGCAGCAAUACGAGUAUGAACUCUCGCAGAAAAAAGCUGAAGAGCGCCCUGAUGCGUCUAUGCCGUGCCCUGUAUUCAUAAAACAGCUGGAGUCCGUUAAGGGGGCUUCUGAAGGCCAAUACAUUCGACUUGAAGGCAGAGUAGAACCUUCUAAAGAUUCGAAAAUGAAGGUUGAAUGGUAUAAGAACCAACAGCCUCUUACGUUUGGUGCUAGAAUCAAGGCAAUUCACGACUUCGGGAUGGUAUCGCUCGACAUUAGUGGUGCACGCUCAGAGGAUUCUGGCCUUUAUACUUGCCAUGCCGUCAAUGAGUCGGGCGAAGCAAUUUCCACUUGUACUGUCAAGGUGGAAGGCAGUUCUGGGUUACUACUUGGAUCUCUGCAGCCCGAAAGUCUUGAGCGCAUCCGCGAGAUGGAAGCAUAUCAGGCCCCGACACCCCGAGAAAUAGCUGAGCCAGUUUUUGAAAUGCCUGUGUUCGUAUCACACAUCAAUGACCUGGAGCUCACCGAAGGCCAACAUGCACGAUUCGAAUGCCGCGUGGAACCUGCCAAAGAUCCCACCUUGAAGGUGGAAUUCCUUCAUAACCAGCAACCCCUUCGCAGUGGAUCGCGCAUUACGACGAAGCAAGAUUUUGGUUUGGUAACGAUCGAUAUCCAAGGCAUCUCGUCGAACGAUGUCGGCAUUUAUUCAGUGCGUGCAACAAACAACAAGGGUCAAGCUACCACGACAGCUUCGCUUAAGGUUAUCGAUAAAGCAGCCGUCCAACUUGACACGCUACAUCCAACGGGCGAGCAGGGCUUGUCUAGUAUUCAGAAAGUAGAGGACACCUGGAGUACCAAGUAUAUCUCUGUUAAGCCAGUUCCUGAAAAGGUGUUCAACAAACCUGUCUUUACUCAACUUCUUGAACCGAAGUUGACCGUGGACGAAGGCCGGAGCGUAACCCUUGAAUGCCGCGUAGAACCAUCCACUGAUCCCGAUCUUAAGGUGGAAGUGUUCUUCAAUGGAAAAGCCUUGGAAGAAGCCAACCGUUUUCUAUGGACCAAUGAAUUUGGUUAUGUUAACCUUACAAUCAAAGAUUUCUGGGCGCGUGACUCUGGUGUCUACACAAUCCAAGCUGAAAACAAGGUCGGAAAAGCCUUUACUACAACUACUAUCGAAUGCAAACCGGCGAAAAGCAUUAUUGAGACGACUCAACACCCAGAAGGCGCUAAAGGUCUCGAGUCGAUCCAAUCGCUUGAGGAGUCGAUGGUGAAAACUACUGAACAGACUACAGAGGAAAGGGGACAAGCUCCUCUGUUCACCUCACAAUUUACUAACCUAACCGAUAUGACCGAAGGCGAAAUAGCCCAUUUUGAGGCGAUGCUUUCACCCGUCGGCGACCAGACAAUGACUGUCGAGUGGCUCUUUAAUGGCCGACCUAUUGAAAUGGGCCAUCGUAUCCGUACUGUUCAUGCGUUUGGAAUCGUUCUGAUGGAGAUCCUUGGCGUCGUCAUUGAAGACUCAGGCAAAUACACCUGCCAGGCUAAGAACGCGUGGGGUACAGCUGAAAUUAGUGUUGAUCUGAAGUGCGUUGACAAACAAAAAGGACAAAGACCCAAGUUUACAACGCCACUAUCCACUAUGAGCGGGCUGCGUGAAGGCGAAAGCGUGCAUAUAGAGUGCCAUAUUACGCCGGUAGGCGAUCCCGAUCUUCGUGUCGAAUGGUUCAAAAAUGGAGAACCCCUUCCGGAGAGUUCUCGAAUCAAAACUUUGUCUGACUUUGGCUUUGUCGUCAUGGACAUUUCCUACGUUCAUCACGAGGAUUCUGGCGAAUACGUAUGCGUUGCUACGAAUAAAUACGGAUCCGACACGACUAAAUGCACUAUCGACUGUGCUAGCUCUGGCAAACUAGUCCUUGACUCACUACAACCACGAAGCAUGGAACAAAUUACCCGCAUGGAAGGCAUGAAAUCGCGCACCGUGACCAAGGUCGAUUCGUCCAUUCAAGAAGCACCCAAGUUUGUAUCUCAUAUCCAAAACGUAACUGGCCUCAUGGAGGGCCAGAGUGCCCACUUUGAGUGCCAACUUACACCCAUUAACGAUCCUGACCUCAGGGUUGAAUGGUACUUCAAUGGCCAGCUCAUGCGUUCUGGUCACCGGUUUCGCACGUUUCAUGAUUUUGGUGUAGUUGUACUCGAUAUCCUCUACUGUUACGGAGAGGAUUCCGGUGAAUGGGUAUGCAAGGCGACCAAUAAACAUGGCACAGACAUCACUCGCGCAACGCUCACCUGCAAAUCGAACUCAACUUUGAUCCUCGAAUCGCAGCUGCCUGUUGAAAUGGCUGGCGGACAGGAAAAGCUCACCCGUCUUGAACGCUCAUUGAUGCGAAGCGUUUCGGCGGUAUCAGUUAGUGACGCUCAGGAGGCGCCCGUCUUUACGAAACCUCUGGACGAUAUUCCCGCACUGCGCGAAGGCGAAAACAUGCACUUGGAAGCUCAUGUUACGCCUACACAUGACUCCGACCUCACCGUCGAAUGGUUCAAAGAUGGAGCCACACUGCGCUCCGGAACUCGAAUCCGCACCAUUAACGAUUUUGGCUUCGUUGUACUUGAGUUAUCACCUGUAUAUCCUGAAGACUCAGGAGUGUAUACAUGCAAAGCUCGUAAUCGGUUCGGCGAGGCGGUUACAUCAUGUACUGUGCAUUGUGAGAGUAAGCGAAGCAUAAUUAGCGACACUCAAUUGCCGUUAGAUAUGCGUGAUGGAAUCCAUAAGAUGGCACAAAUUGAGUCACGAAUGGCACAACAUAAACACAUCGAACAGCGUGAAUACACAUGCACGGGACCACCUCAGUUCCUCAGUUCCCCGUCUGACCUUUCACUCGUUGAGAAUGGACUUGCACACUUUGAGUGUCGCGUAGGACCUGCAAAUGAUCCGAACCUUCGCGUCGACUGGUUCCAUAACGGUAAGCCUCUCGUAACGGGGUCGCGAGUCAAGAGCAUUUCGGAUUUCGGUUUUGUCAUCCUCGAAAUCGCCGGAGUGUAUUCCCGUGAUGCCGGAGUGUAUACGUGUCGUGCCGUCAACCGGGAAGGUGAAGCGUCCGUAAGUUGUCAGCUGAGUAUUAAAAGUAAACAAUCAAUCGUUCUCGAUUCUCAGCUGCCUGAGGGCUUCACGGUAGAUGGUAUCAAGGUUCUAGAAGAAUCCCGUUAUCAGAAAACGUCACAAACACUUGAAGGGGAAAAACGCGAAGCGCCCAAGUUUGUUACUCAGUUAACACAAACCUAUGAGCGCGUCGAAGGUGAUAACGCACACUUUGAGUGUAAGCUGCUUCCUGUCGGCGACCCUACCAUGAAGGUGGAAUGGUUUGUGAACGGGGCUCCUCUUAUCACCGGCUCCCGAGUUCACACAGUUGAUGACUUUGGUUUUGUUGUACUUGAAAUCGACUGGUUGUUCCCCCGAGAUAGCGGAGAGUACAUGUGUCGCGCGACAAACAAGUGGGGAUCGGAUACCACAAAGUGCACACUCACCGUAAAAUCGAAAGCAAACAUUAUUCUGGAAUCUCAAUUGCCUCAGAGCAUUGACUUGGCUCGAUUACGUGGCUUGGAGAAUCCACCGACACAUCAGACACCCUCUGACGAUAAGCCACCGACACCGCCUCAUUUCAUCACGCAAAUCCAACCGCAACAUGGAUUGAAGGAAGGCGACAGUGCACAUUUUGAGUGUCGUCUAGAGCCGACCUCCGACCCAAAACUGCGUGUCGAGUGGUUCCACAACGGCUCUCCCCUCAUAUCUGGGCAUCGCUAUAAGACCACGCACGAUUUUGGCUUUGUGGCACUGGACAUUCUAUACUGUUACGCUGAGGAUUCGGGUGAAUACGUAGCAAAGGCUGUUAGCGAACUUGGCUCCGAUCAAACACGGGCAACUCUCGAAUGUAUGGGCAAACCAAAACUCGACUAUCGAACCCAAUUGCCCAUGACGAUGAAGGAAGGCGUGCGGAAAAUUGCCGAAAUGGAGAUUACGAAACAGAGGACGGAAACCGUUAUCGAACAGGCGCCCGAAAAGUUCGCCCCUAUGUUCGUCCAAAAACCUGAACCGCAGGUCGUAGUCGAGGGCGAAUGGGCAAAGUUCCAGUGCCGCGUUAUUGGUCAUCCGAAACCUAGACUCAUUUGGGUCCUCAAUGGAAACAGCGUCGUUAACGGUUCAAGGUACAAGCUCACCUUCGACGGCAUCUACCAUUUCGACAUUCCCAAAACUCGACAAUACGACGGAGGAAAGGUCGAAGUAUUUGCUCGUAAUGCGGAAGGUGAGGCUUACUGCUUUACGACAUUAGAAGUACGCCAGCACCAAAGUGACUAUCGAGCGGUGCUAAAGCAAUCGCCAAAUCCAUGGUAUGACCGCGAUAUUCGCAGCUACCAGGUUGAUCGUCAAAAGAAAGAAGAGAAACGUAUCUUCGAAGAAGUUCUUCCUGGUGGACAGGAAGUUAAUGUUUGGAAAACCGAACGGACGGCUCAAGGCGAAAAGAAACAAGUUAAACAACAAGUUACUACCGAAGAGUUGGAUAAAAUACACGAGAUGCAGGCCUCACAAACGUCGAAAACGGUCACUGAGCAGAAGAGUUCGAUGAUUCAACAGCUAAGCAGCCAGCAGAAGCUCAUACAACAGCAACAGCAAAUAAAGCAGAACAUUAUGCUUCGACAACAGAAAGCAGGCGAGCAGCCCACGGCUCCAGCACAGUCAUUCGGUCAAGCUAUUUCAUCGACGGUACAAGGUAAAAUGGUUACACAAACCACACAGCAACAAAUCCAGAAGCAUUUCCAUGACGACCUAGAAAUCCACAAACGGAAGAAGGUCACUGAAACUGUGGAACAAGGACACAAAGGAGUCACGACUGAACGGGUAGUGGAAGGUCCGGUGCAGCCAGCGAAGGCACCGCAAUUUUCACGUAAAAUUCAGCCUUGUCGCGUCACGGAAGGUGAAAGUGCAAAAUUCGAGUGCGAAUUUACCGGUGACCCUCCUCCUGAGAUCACGUGGUACCGAGAGAAUUUCACGAUAAAAAAUUCGAAAGAUUUCCAAAUCACCACCACGGCCUCCAAAUCUGUGUUGAUUAUCCGCGAAGUGUAUCUCGAGGACAGUGGCGUGUUCUCCGUAAAGGCUGAGAACCGUGGCGGAAGUGCAAAGACUUCGGCAAACCUCGUCGUCCAAGAACGGCAAGAGGCUGGUGCCGGAAUGGCUCCACCAAACUUCACCAAGACAAUCCAAUCGCAACGUGCCAAGCAAGGUAUGACUAUCCGUCUUUCUGGCUGCAUCUCUGGGGGCCGACCAAUGGACAUCUACUGGCUACAUUCUGGACAAAAACUGACUGAAGAUGAGCGACAUAAGAUACAUGAAGAAGCCGAUCAGUGCACGUUGGUUAUCCUUAAUGCCGUCCCUGAAGACUCUGCUAAUUAUGAAUGCGUAGCGCUCAAUAAAGCCGGCGAGGCCCGGUGUAUGGCACAGGUCGUUGUUGAGCCAUCAAGUGCGACCACAGCGGCCGCUGUGCAAGCCAUGCAGGCUCCUGUAGAUAUGUCCGCUAAGGGACCGCAAGUGACUGAUGGAAUUAAGGAUCUCACUGUGAAACAAGGUCAGCCAGCUACGUUCCGCUGCAGAAUACCCGCCGCUCCCACUGCCCAGGUAAAGUGGUAUCGGGGGGAUAACCUGAUCAAGCAGUCACGUUAUUAUAAGCUGAGUGGCGAAAACCAUGUUUACACCUUGAAAAUAUCCGAGGUCUUCCCCGAGGACGAAGGAGAGUAUCGCUGUGAGGCGACAAAUCGCGCAGGCACUGCAUCGACAUCCGCCUUCCUCAAGGUCAUCGUGUCCGAUGGCAACGAAAGUCCGCCAACGCUUGGCCAUCUUUCAGACCUCACUGCGACCGAAGGCCAGUCUGUCACGUUCACUACACAGCUGGCAGGCACGCCCCGGCCUAAGGUUACAUGGUACAAGGGUGGCCAGGUGAUUCGGCCCACCAGAGAUUUCCAGAUUACACAAGACGAGACUAGUUGUAGUCUGGUCAUACGGAGCGUUCUGAUAACUGACGAGGGCACCUACAUCUGUCGUGCGACGAAUCCGGGAGGUCAGGCCGAAGCAGCAGCGAAACUGACCGUGCACCGUAAGGCUCGCUCCUAAAUCUACAGAAGAAUGUUCCUAAUCACUGUGACAGUAUCACUCAACUCUACUCAUCGAGUGGCAUUUAGUAGUAGUAGUAAACAUAGUGAUUGAUACGCGCUUAUUUUUCUAAACGCUAGAUUGUCCCUAAGAAAAUUACUAUUAAUUCGUAAUACAAGCGAACACAUAAAUGACGCUAAAGAAGUUAGAACAUCAUACGGUUGCUGUCUGGCUAGUAAGCAGACAUGGCCGUAUAGAACACAAACAAUGCACACAAUAAACGUUACAUACAUACAUACAAAUACAAUGUUCCUUUAUCAAAAGUGCAUGACAAAACGCGCUGCGUUAAGAUUUACUAGCGACAACUGUUCAUCAAUUGGAAAAACAGCUACAAACCAUUUCCAAUAAUGAGAUACGUAAAAACAGCACCCUACCUAUCAGAAUAAUGACGAUGAUUCCUGCCCAGUCGAGUUUUCCAGAAGGACAACAAAUAUGGUGUUUGACACCGGUCCUAAUUUUAUGAGACAAUAACACUAAUCGCACGGGAUAAGAGAGCUACAGGGGCCAGACUGACAAAGAAGCUCCGAAAAAAAGAUGGAUUUUUUUUCCAAAGCUCUAGUUUUGCCCUGAACUAUCGAACCACACCACUGACUGCCAGCCAAUGCGUCAAUGGCCAGAUGGUUGAAUCGCAUACACUCCAAGCCUUGUUACUAUCGUUUUAGAUUUUUUUUACCGCCGAAACUUGUCCUACAAGAACAUAAUCAUAUUUGAUAAUAAUACCAUAAGCGAACUGCGCUGUGAGACAACUUAAGCCUAUUCCGGGCUUGCCCGGUAUCGCCGGACAUAGGCUUCAGCGUUAGUAAAGUUGUUUUAAAUUGCUUUGUGACCAGUGGCCGCGAUGAGAUUUCUCUAUCUACCUCCAUAAAACCUCUAGUGCUCAUUGGAGGUCCUCCCUCUAUUGCUUCCGCGUGGUGACAUAUUGAUUUGUUAACGUUGCUUACGCUAGCAAAAGGACGCACUCGAUAUUUCGACGUCCCUAAAUGUGUUGAGCAUUGCAGCCAGGCUCCGUUCCUUGAAUCCUCAAUUAGGGGAACGGUGACCCUAUGCAAUGUCCGAUCUCCAACUGCAUAACGUACGCUCCCUCUACCUGCUGGUCCAUUAGGAACAAAUCCUUUUUGUUUAGGCAUCAGCCACUACGAUGUUGCUAAGGGUGGUUCCUCCCAAGAAAUCUGCUAUGCUUUUUAGAUUGACGCUCCCGUAUUACUAGUCAACCAAAUGCAAAGGUGACUAGGUUAGCCGUAAUAAUUAUAGUAAGUAGUGAGCCAUUCAUGGACACCUUAAUUUAAUGUGACGCUUUGUAUCGAUGAUAAGAAGAUACGUCAUCGGCGUUAUUAAAACUACUAGCAUUUAAUAUUGAAUACCUAUCUAUUAUAUAUCUGCGUUAAUCGGUGCCAUUGAGUGUUUGUUGAUGUGAACAUUGUGUGUCUGUGUUACCUUCGUUACUGACCCCUUAAAAAGACAACUAAAAUCACGAUUUAUUAAAAAUACAAACACAGCGGCUGUACGGAGUCAUUAUAGUCACUGAAAAAGGCAUAAAAGAAAAAAAAAAAACCAAAAAGGCAAUAACGCGAGAGUGCGCGUCUGUAAGUUGUCCUAAAUAAAAAAUAAAACUGCCAAAAAAAAAAACAAUCAGAUUG